UAAAUAUUCACAAAAUGAAGAAGAGUAAGUGUUCUGAAGGUAGUUGUUUAACAGUCUCAGGCAGCAUCAGAAAAGAUAUUAAUGGAACAAUUAUCCAUGAUAGAGCUACCGGAAAGAAGUUAUCAAGAUCUGACAAGAAAUCUAUCCCAAAAGCCUCCAUUUUUAGACAAGGCCAAGUCCCAGCUUCCAAACAGAAGAAGAUUUGCAACAGAAGAUCUAAGUUCAAGCAGUUCAAGAGAGGAACUAAGAAGUACUCCAAAAUGGGGAAUCUUAACGUCCCAAGAGCAGGAAACAGAGUCAAAAGCAUGGAUAGGGCAGAGAACAUAGACCCAAAUCAUAACAGGAGUCAGGAGUCAGCUACUCCUGAUGCUCAGUCUGUCUUGCUAAACUAUUUGAGGCAAAAUCCAAACAAUCGUAAAGUGUUGUCAUUUCUCAAGAAGCACUAUGACGUUGAAUAUGAUUUCGACACCAAACAAUGGAAACAGAAGGAUAACGAGGACAACUCAGAGAAGAAAGAGCUUCCACUGGAAAGCAUGUCAACUGCAUUAAGUUCAUUAGUCAACAAAGACUUCAAAUCCAGUAUCAUCACUCAAAUGAACAAUAAAAAAUCAGACAAGGAGUCACCAUCAGCUAGGUUUGGCAAUUUCCAAGAUAGCUCUUUUCAUAAAGCUCCAAAGUCAAAACAAAGCAGGAAUAGGUUGUUUUCAGACCCGAGAGACUUUAAAUCAUCUAAAGGGAUUGAACUCGAAGAUUAUGACACUUUCUUCAAGAAGCAGUGUCUCCCUAAAAAUCUGAGAGGUGUCAAUCUGAAGGUUCUUGAGCUCAACUCGAGGACAAAUGCUUCUAACGUCAAUGCUAAUAUGGUCUGCGAAGUUCCAAAGACUCAGAAAAAUGUUAUUAACAUGAAAUAUGAUCUAAAGAGAAUGAUUACUAGACUCGACAAUGAUAAGUUUGAUAUUAAGGAGAUGAAGAAGAAGGCUGGAUUGAAACACAAGAAGAAGCUUCAUAAUCAAAAAUCAUUCAUCCCUCCUGCAGCAGACCAGGCUCCUCCUCUCGUUGGGAACUCAUUGGAAGAUAUGAGAGAUAUGACCCCAGAAGGAAAUUUCUCUCCAGAUAUGACUUUAAAGAGACAUCAAAAUAAUUAUGUAAACCUAAAGGAGGAAAUCCCUUUAACCAAAGCUCUCUCUAGUCAUACUCCUGUUCCAUUGAGCAAAAGGAGGAUUGAUAGGGUGAACUCUCCAGUGCAGUGCAAGAAUGGAAACAUUGUGAAAGGACUAAGAGUUCUAAGUUCUUUCCGUAAUACAGCUAUCACUCCUACCAAAGGCCGUCCAAACAAAUAUACUGGCAGGAAUCAAAACUCUGGAGAUUUUUACGUUCAUCAUCAGCCAAAGAGCAGAAUCAUGAGCUCCCGCAUAAAAGAGCAAGGUGGUAGGACGAUGAAGAAGAACAAGUUGAUUAAAAACAUUGCCAAGAUGGUAUUUGUCAAAAACCACAAUAUGAGAAGUUGCUCUCCUCCUGUAAACAGGAACAAGACCCCUUUGAACUUUGGAGCUGCACUAAAGUCUAUUUAAUAG